GGCCAUUAACCUUAGAUUUCGUAAUGACAUGAUUCGGAAAAUAACGCGCAAAACUGAACUUAACAACUAAAGAGAGAAAAAAGUGCGACGAUUUUGGCCUGAAUUUGUACUUGAAUAUCUGGCAGUUGGGGGAAACUACCAUGGGAUUGUGUGAUCUAGAGAAAGGGGCGUUUAGCUAGACAGCACGUAUCAGAAUUUCCGGAUCUACGAAGACGUUCGCGGCAAAGAGAUCGUUGGUUUGAUCGCGCAAUCGACUCGGAGGGUUUUGUGCCCUUUUUGCUCCGACAAUGUUUUUUGCUCGGAUAGCCGUUCCGGUGCUCGCGUUGCUUUGCAUCGUACGAGGAGAGUUGUUUCCCGAUGUCCCGGACAAUGUGCAGCUUCGCAAAGACUCAAACAUUAAUCUAAUGAAAGUGCUAGAAAGUUUAGCUCCUGUAGCUGGGGACGAGGAUGCGGGUCUUCAACCGGCAUCUGAAGGAAUCGAGAGAUUCAGGCGUCAACUGAACACGCAAAAAUCAAAAGACUUUACCUCGGGGAAUACUGAGUCGAUUGGGGCAUCCCAUUCGGCAGAUGGGGAAAAUGACAGUGGUUAUGGGCUCGCUUCUGAAAGUAGAAGCGAGAUAUCGAGGGGUGAGAGUGCAACCAAUGUGCAACAAACGGAGGAUGCGGCGAGUGGUAGCGGAUCCUGGGAUCCAAUGCACCCUCCAUUGUCGAAUACCCGCCACAAUCCAAAGGUGGCGGUACCACACCCUAACACCCCGUAUUAUCACCCCAAGCCGGCUGACCCCGCACCUAUGCAGCCACCGGCACCACCGCCAUCACCGCCUGUGCUAAUCCAAACGAUAAUCAAACAGAUUCCUAUUCCUAUGAAAAAGGCGACUAUCGGUAGCAACCAACAUACAAGACUUUCACACAAGCACACACCAGACGUUAAUUCGUUGAAGGCUGACGAGGCAGCAUUUAUCUCCGCGUUGCAUAACGAAAACGAGGCUAAAUCCGAGACGCCAGUUCUCCCAGGGAGUGAGGGCGGAAUCCAGGACCCAACGCCUGCAGCAAGUGGAUAUGCAUCUGGUGCCGACGCUGCGAGUGGCUCCAAUGCGGUGCCCGAGGAAGUAGCGUCAGGGUUUGAAGGCAGAAAGGACGAGGUGACGCUUGAGAGCGGUAGCGGGAUGAGCUUCAUCUCCGGUGAUAACGACAGUGCAGAGGCCACCCUGGAGGACGCAACUGGGGAGUCUGGUGACGAGGACUUCUUACCAGGCAGCAUCGGAGGUGCGACCAACCUACAACAGGAUGAAGCCAAGGCGCAGACAAUCAGGUCUGGGUCAGGCUCUGCGGCACCAAAGCUUACAGACAAUGCUGCAAAGGAAGUACAGCAGACACCGGUUGCUCAAGCUGCCGAAGUUGUCGCCAAGGCUCCUGUGAAGGCUGCCAAAGAUGUUGCUAAAGCGCCUGCGGUUGCUAGCACAGCAGAACAAGCUGUUGAUUCCAUGAAGCAAGCACAGCCUUCUGCAGAGUCGGACACUGAAGACUCGUUGAUGGCUCAAGCCACUGUCCCUAAAGAGACCGCUGCAGUUGCUGCUCCUCAAGAGGAGUCUGGAGACUCUCUAAUGGUAGAAGCUAGUACUCAAGCCCAAGCUCCGGUGCCACAAACAAGCCAGGCAGCUCAAGCAAACACUUUGCCCCAAACUGCCGACAAGCCCCAAGCACAUCAGAGUAACCCUGUCCCAGAGGUUUCACAAGUCGCGCCAAAGGCAAGCUUAGCGCCUAAAGCAAAUGCUCUGCCACAAACGAAACCAACCCCACAGGACCAGGACGCAUCUGGAGAUAGUGAUGACGAAGAGGCGCUACCAGGCAGUGUCGGAGCAGACAAAGAUAUCACAGGGCUAGAGGGAUCGGCAUCAGAUGACAAGGCUAGCAACCAGAAGUCUAACGCUAUUCCAGAGAAAACAACUACGGGGUCAGUGGAGACGGAAGUUAGCUCCGAUUCUGGUUCCGGAACGAAGCAGAACCAGGCGACGUCCACAAUUGAAGCUACGCCACCAACUAUAGUUGGUCCGACAGCAGCUCCACAGGAGCAGGACAUCUCGGGGUCUGGCUCUAAAGACUUGAUGGCUGAUGGGAAUGAGGAGCAGCUGCCCGGAAGUGUUGGUGGCAUGGGGCCAAACCUUAUGACCAUGAACAACCUUGCAAAUGGUGUCUCCGGUGACGAUGGAGAGGACGCUGAGAGUAGCUCCGCAUCAGGGCAGGAUUCAAAUGACGCCGAGGGUUCUAAGAAAGACACCAUUGCAAAGGCAGCGCCAGUGGCUGUCACAGCAAACACGGUGAAAAAGGUAACCGAGGGAUCUGGCAUGGAUCUUGGGUUCCCUGAGACUGCAUCGGGAAUGGCCCAACAACAACCUGAGCAGCAGCUUCCGGGUGGUGACGGAAAUGAUGCAAAUUUACAGCUCAUGAGUUCAGGUGAUGACGUUAGUUCCGGUUCCCAAGUAAUGGAAGAAAGAGAUAGUUCGGGAGCAGUUGAGGUCAAUACCCCUGUCUCGUCUGGUGCCGGGGUGAGUUUGAAGACACAAGCAGCUGUUCUAAAUGACGUGACGGAAUCCAGUGGUGACAAUGAAGCAUCCUCCGGGUCAGGAGCUGCCAUUCCUGGAGACGUUAAGGUAAAGAAGCCGAAAACAACAGCUGCGCCUGCCGCCACUAUACCGAUCAGGCCGGAACCAGUCGUACAGCAGCAGAAAGCUUCAGACACCAUUAAGCCUCUCCCAGGUAGCGAGGGCAAGGACGAUACGAUCAACCUUUCUGGAUCUGGAGAACAGGAGGACAACUCAGGUAGCUUCUCUAAGGACCAGGAGGUUCUUCCCGAGGUAAAAAAGACGAACACCGAGAAACCAGAAGAAGCUGUCUCUCAAAUCUCCAACCUUGAUAAGGAGUCAGCGCUGAAGGCUGCUCUCAGCGCCGCUGGCCUCAACAGCGUGCCUUUUGCCCUUGGCUCAGGAGCGGGAUCUGGAAUUGAGCUAGGGGACUCCCUGAGUGGUUCCGGAAUAACUGGGACCCUGGAGUUUACCCCUGUGAGUAAUUCCAAUGAGGCAGUGAUAAAUUUUUACGGGAAGAAGGAAGCGAAGAGUGGAGGAGAGCCGUUACUAGAGGGAUCAGCGAGCGAACAUGUGUCUGGUGAAAACAGGCAUGAUAUUCCCGAUCUUGACGAUUCGACCGGAAGUACGGAUGUUGGUCCAACGGAGGAGGCCGUUGAAGAGGAGAAGGAAGAAGAAGUCGGUUGGCCAAAAGCAGGCGACACCGUCGAUCAACAAAUGUUGGACCACUUCAUGAUCAGCCAGAUCUUGGAACAAAACCUCACCCUCUUCUAUGGCGGUCUCAUGGGCCGAUCUGGUCCAGUAGGGCCUCCAGGACCACCAGGGUCACCAGGAGAUCGCGGGCAAACCGGAGUACCUGGUCCUGUAGGACCUGAUGGGGACAUCGGCGCCCCUGGGGCUGAUGGGGUACCUGGUCCAAAAGGUCCACCUGGGCCUCCAGGGUACCCGGGAUUCAAGGGAUACAGAGGACCCCAAGGACCUCCCGGGAUAGCCGGAGAACCCGGGCCACCGGGUAUUGGUGGAGGUAUCGGUUAUAUGGGACCCCCAGGUCCUGAUGCUAUUAUGCCGAACUGCUCUUAUAUCUGCGAGGGAGAGCGCACUCUUCUUCAUUGCAAACAAUAUGAGAUGGUCAACGUCAAACGAGCUUUCUGGGGACGUGAGGACAAACAAAUAUGCGGAAAUGCCCCAAUCGGUCUGACCGCCGACAAGCCGUGCGAGACGGACACGGAUAACGUACUCAAGAAGAUCAACAACCAAUGCAGGAACCAGCAGGUGUGUGAGCUUGUAGCCUCCAACGUCUUCUUUAAUGAUCCAAGUUGCAAUGAUGCAUACAAGUAUCUCAAGGUUUGUCACGAGUGUGUGCCCGACACCGCAAAUUCUGUGGACGUCUUGAGAGAGUACGGUAAGCGCAAGAAACGAGGUACUAAGUUGGACCACAUCUUGGACAGGAUGAAGAAGAAAGAGGAGAAAAGAAUCAUGGAUGAUCUAUGGAUACGACCAUUCAAAGCUCCAUCUUUAUAAAAAACGUGACAAUAAUAAGAUUCUGUAUAGGGCAAACAACAGGUUUAUGGAGUUAUUGUAAAUAGAGAGGGCAGGUUCCAGGGCCUUUACUCGCACAGUCAAAGCCCAGAUGACCAAAAGCACAGUCAAAGCUAAGGCCUGGAUGGCUACAGGUCUUGGUUACAGAGGCGGCUUGGGCCUAACAUCGUGCUUUUUAGAAGGAAUUUGUUGGUUGGAUGUGGCAUUCAAACCCAGAGGGUGGACGUAAAUCCAAAAGUAUGGAAAGAAUAUAUCUGUACAAUAUCACUUUCUGCAAAAUGCUGGGCCUUGACUGUGAAGGCUAGGUCCUUGGUCUUUGAUGGCCAUCUUUCGAAGGGUAAUCCAAUUCUUCAUCUUAUAGUUAUUUCUUACGUAGUCUGCAGUAUCAAAGUUACAAAGAGGCAAACCAAUGAUAAUGAUAUGUUCUAGGAUGAUUACGGCUAACUAAAGGCAAAAAUAAGGACCGGUUGUCCGAUUUCACAAUAUGAACUAAACAUGAUAAUACAAUGUAAUGUUGUUAUUGACCAAAUAAGUUAUGUUAGUAUGUGAUAAAAUGAUUUACGACAAUAGCAUUAUUAAAUAAUUUAUAUGUCAUGGAGUAAGCCACCCAGAUCUUUGCUUGGUUGAAUCCCAAAACACUAAUUAGAAGACAAAAUGUGAGAUAAAAAAUUAGAACUGCCAAAGACAUAAUUAAACAUUCGACUGCUUCAAUUACUGUAAUACAGAUUGAAGAUUAACGCAAACCAUGUAAAAUAGAAGUUUUAGAAAGACUUAUCUGUUUAAUCAGAUUCAUAUGUGCUUUUAUGCACAGCAAUAAUGACUGUAAUUGAAUGGUCAAUAUUAUCAAAACAAGAAAAUUUCUUGGAUAAAAUGGGGCCUAGGAUGGACCCCACUUGUUUUAUUUGUAAAUAUGGUGGUGUUGACUGAAGGGUCAAUUUUGGAUAUGAGUUCUUAUACAACUGUCUUGUGUUUAGAGUAGCAAGGGAAGUCUAUGUAAUGCUCUGAUAGAGAUUAUGUAAUAAAAUGUUAUCAUAGAGACUAUAUUUGUGAGAGGAAAUAGAAACGAGGGUAUUCGUAUCGACAGAUUUCUUGAAAUAAAGUUUGCUAAGAACCUAA